GUUUCUUGCUUGGAAACUGAAUGCAAGAACACCUCUCAUUGCUUCAGUCAAGAAUCCAAAGGUUUUCACCUCAGCUUUCUUUCUCCAGUCGAUGACCAAAUUGUUCGGUUAGAGUUUUCCGAUACAAUAGAGCGAGAUUUUCUGAUCAACCCCAGAAGAAUCUGAUACAGAAACUUGCUUAUUUGAUGUGUUUCGAAUGUGAAUCCUGAUCACUGUCAAGGUUUUUGUUCACAGUUGCACAGUGAUAAAUAAGAAAGGAUGGUGGAGGAGGGGUCGGUUAUCGCUAAGGAUGUCACCGAACUGAUCGGGAAGACACCAUUGGUGUACCUCAACCGCGUGGUUGAUGGCUGCGUCGCCAGAAUUGCUGCGAAGUUAGAGAUGAUGGAGCCCUGCUCUAGCGUCAAAGACAGGAUCGGAUAUAGUAUGAUUACUGAUGCAGAAGAAAAGGGUCUGAUCAAGCCCGGGGAGAGUGUCCUGAUCGAGCCCACGAGUGGUAACACUGGCAUCGGUCUAGCAUUUAUGGCAGCUGCUAAAAGAUACCGACUGAUAAUCACAAUGCCGGCUUCAAUGAGUCUUGAGAGAAGAACCAUUCUCCGGGCUUUCGGGGCUGAGGUGGUUAUCACAGAUCCUGCCCGAGGCAUGAAAGGAGCGGUCCAAAAGGCAGAAGAGAUACUGGCGAGAACUUCGAACUCUUACAUGCUUCAGCAGUUUGAGAAUCCCGCCAACCCUAAGGUACAUUACGAGACCACAGGACGCGAGAUAUGGAAAGGUUCACGGGGAAAAGUCGAAGCCCUUGUUUCCGGGAUUGGGACUGGAGGCACAGUAACAGGUGCUGGGAGAUAUCUCAAAGAGCAAAACCCAAAUAUUAAGCUGUAUGGGGUGGAACCUCGCGAGAGUGCAGUCUUGUCUGGUGGAAAACCUGGGCCACAUAAGAUCCAAGGAAUCGGUGCUGGCUUCAUCCCUGCAGUUUUGGACAGAGACUUACUUGACGAAGUUGUUCAAAUAUCUAGUGAAGAAGCCAUUGAGACUGCUAAGCUUCUCGCGCUGAAGGAAGGUUUGCUGGUGGGGAUCUCAUCGGGUGCAGCAGCUGCUGCUGCAAUCAAGAUAGCAAAGAGGCCUGAAAACGAGGGAAAACUCAUUGUAACUUUCCUUCCUUUCUUUUAUUGGACCCGGUUGUUUCUUCAGGUGGUUUUUCCUAGCUUUGGAGAGCGCUGUCUGUCAUCUGUUCUGUUCGAAACGGUGAAGCGGGAAGUAGAGAAUGCGGUUUACGAACCCUAAGUCCGUCCCUUGGAAAGCACUUGAUGUUGCUUAUUUUUUGAUAAAAUUCUAACACGACAGUUAAAACACGUAAAUCUUCAAUGAAGUCAUCAGCACAAAUUCUUGGGAAGGUA